GGCAUCUGGUAACCGCUUUGUGCACGAUGCAACAGCUUGGGCUGCCUUUGUAAUAGUGCCAAGGUCGUGCCAAGGACUUCUAAGAAACGAGARGAACGCCUGGCGGAAUUUGCAGACAGGAAACUCGUUCAUUCUUGAUUUGCUUUUAUUUYGUSCAGCAUUUGAGAACUUCAGCCGYUAAAUUGGACGAAAUACAGCUUCAGUUCGCUCUAUUAAAGGUUGAUAAACAGACAUAAUCAGCAGAAGGAUAAAGAAAUCGAGAUAUUCCUUGGAAUCUGUGGCUCAAUCAUGUUGUGUGAAGGCUGCUCUAAAAACAAGCUUCGUAAAGAGUUUCCUCCUGGUAAUGUCUGUGAGAAAGAUCAUGCUCAAGUCUAUUGUAUUAGGUGUGUUAUGGCAUCUGUGGAGAAAAAARGUCAGUGCCCAACUUGCAAAGCAUUUGUCCUUAAGUCUCAUCCAAGGUAUAUUGCUUGUACUCAAAAACUAAAAUGGCUGUUCCCACCAUUUGAAAUGGAUGAAGGAGCAAGUGCAGCUUCACCAUUGGAAUCAAUUGGACAUUUGCUGCCAGUUAUCUUUGUUGAGGUUCUAAUGUUAAAUGGUGACAAGGCCACCAUUGCUGUCUCUCGCUCAGCAACAGUAACAGACUUCAAAGAASAGAUUAAGAAGAAAUUUGGUGUUGAGGUUAGGAAGCAGCGUCUKCUGUACAAUGAUAAGCCAAUGGAGACGUACAAAUCCAACCGAAUGAUGAAACUAAGCGACUACAACAUCACAAAUAACAGUAAAGUAACCCUYAUCAAAGUCCUGAAAACGAUUUCARCUUCACUAAGACGAGUUACUUUUGACUUCUCGUGGGAGUAUGUUGGYUAUGAYCGCGAUUWUCUCAACGCUUCUGCYCUWGUGUAUAGUGGAACUAAACUCAAAGACUAUGUUGAUUUCCGCCGGGGUAACCAGACUGGUGCCUUGUCUUUUCURGAUAUCUACGGACGUAAUUCUGUCACUCAUUCUGGMCAUGGAUUCAAGAAUAACUGGAGAGGACGACGAGGAACACAUGUCAUUGAAGUCAACUUGGAAAAUCUGCCAUCAUCUAUCGACAAGGUGUUCUUUACGUUGAGUGCCCUUAAUGCAGAAAGCAUCCACGACUUUCAACGUCUUCAAUURAGCUUCUACGAUACUAGAAAUCCAUCUGAGCAGCUUUGUAGCGAUCAAAUAAGUCGUACUGUUGACGACAAAGCAGUUGUUUUUUGCUGUCUUUGUCGUAUUGAUGGAUGCUGGCAAGUAUUCAGUUUACAAGAACCAUCUCGUGGUAAUGUGAGAUGCUAUGAMCCUUUGUUCGACACUGUCAGGGAAAUUAUCUUGCGGGGAUUUUCCUAAAGUUGAUGAACAGAGUACAAUAGAGUCUUCUGCUACCUCGGUAAAAGUAGUUUAAAUCGAUUUUACUUUUAAGUGUUUUUUUUUCGCGGUUUUCUGAACAUUGCUGUAGUUGAAGUGAAAAACAUUGUUUCCAGAUCCUGGAAAAUGAGAACUGGACGCGCAAACAAUGUUAUUAGUCAUAUUAUAGUUUAUUAGAUCAAAAUGUGCGCGAAACAUUCGCUGUUCAAUUUUUGUGUUAUUGUCAAAUUUCCAUUAUUUCUGCUGCUAAAUCACUAGAACGAGAAACAUUUCCCAAAAGCGGUUUCAAUUUCACAUGUUUUCUUGCCACAACUCCUCUACUAGUUUGAAGAACAUGUCUUUUUUCACUAGUUUUUGUAGAGUUUGUUGCUCCAAGUUUAGGUGAGGAAGGAAAGGGAAUCGUGUUUGUUAACCCCGUUAGAUUGAAAUGAUACUUUGGSGCACCAUAGAAGUUCGAUGCAUAUUUUUGCAAAGAUGAGUUUCUUUUUUKAAGCAAACUGUUCAUGUACUCCAUAACAAUGGUUUUCUGUUGGGGACUUGCAUAUUUGUCAUUUUUAGCAUUUGUCUUYAGCGACGAAACGCUAUUCUUGUAGCGAAAUUCUGUAAUUUGAGCUGUAUUGUGUUCAUGUAUUUUUGUCUGUGAAGAAAUAAAUCCAUUUGUUUUUCCAUGUA